GGCGAGGACUUGCGAGGGCUCUGCACGACGCGCCCAGAGAGAGAAGACAGAAUCCAUCCAGCUCCCACAAAGACGACCAUGGCCAAGGAGUGGGGCUACGCCAGCCACAAUGGUCCUGACCACUGGCACGAACUUUACCCAAUUGCCAAGGGUGACAACCAGUCACCCAUUGAGCUGCAUACUAAAGACAUCAAGCAUGACCCUUCUCUGCUGCCUUGGUCAGCAUCUUAUGAUCCUGGCUCUGCCAAAACCAUCCUGAACAAUGGGAAGACCUGCAGAGUUGUGUUUGAUGACACUUAUGAUAGGUCAAUGCUGAGAGGCGGUCCUCUUCCUGGGCCCUACCGACUUCGCCAGUUUCACCUUCACUGGGGCUCCUCCGAUGACCACGGCUCUGAGCACACGGUGGAUGGUGUCAAGUAUGCAGCAGAGCUUCACUUGGUUCACUGGAAUCCAAAGUAUAACACUUUUGGAGAAGCUCUGAAGCAGCCUGAUGGAAUUGCUGUGGUUGGCAUUUUUCUGAAGAUAGGACGGGAGAAAGGCGAAUUCCAGCUUGUACUUGAUGCACUGGACAAAAUUAAGACAAAGGGGAAGGAGGCGCCCUUCACGCACUUUGACCCGUCCUGCCUGUUCCCUGCCUGCCGAGACUACUGGACCUACCGUGGCUCCUUCACCACACCUCCCUGUGAGGAGUGCAUCGUGUGGCUGCUCCUGAAGGAGCCCAUCACCGUGAGCUCCGACCAGAUGGCCAAACUGCGCAGCCUCUUUGCCAGCGCAGAGAACGAGCCCCCGGUGCCCCUUGUGGGGAACUGGCGCCCUCCGCAGCCUAUCAAGAACAGGGUGGUGAGAGCCUCCUUCAAGUGAGCUGCUGUGUCUUGCCCUCUUCAGGAAAGGAAACCUGCCUUUGGAGAGCUUGGUUCCUUGCCUCCUUCUGGUGCUCCUUACCGCAAGUGUAUUUCCUGUCCUCACACCUGAGCAAGGAUUGUGACAAAUGCAGUCACCAAGAAACCAAAGUCACUUUUGACAAGAUCUAAAACAAAAGCAUGAAUUUCACACUUGACCUUUGUUAUUAUCAUCUUUUUUUUUUCU